AUGGACAGCGACAAGCAAACGGUUAUGGUUUACACAAAUAGCUUCGUAGGAAUCGCCUGCAAUUUCCUGUUGCUUUAUUUAGUACUCGCCGAUACAUCGAAGCACAAUGUCGGGUAUAAAAACAUGCUUUCGAUCGUCACCGCUUAUAAUAUCUAUUAUGCUUCUUUACAUCCAAUACUUGACAUGGGCUUUCUCAUCGAUGAAUACGGUUUCGUCAUGUUUAGCAAGCAUUUCGCUGAUUUUGGUUACUGGACCUCGUACUUGGCGAUCAUGGUUUACAUGGAUGCGUUCAACAAAUCGUUGACCCUUCUCGCUAUUCACUGCUUGUAUCGAUAUGUGAAAGUUUCUGGAAAGUGGCGUUUCCUUUUCGAUUCGAAGAAAUGGAUCUUCGUCCUUUUCAUGUUCAAUUUCGUUUUUGGACCGGCCUGGUGUGUGAUCUGUCAUAUUUGCUAUCAUUCAACUCCUGAACGAACUGAAAUGAGCAAAAUGGAAGCGAUGAAGCGCUUCAACGUGAAUCUAGAGGAAAUCGGAUAUAUUGGACCGGUGAUGAAAUGGCCCAAUCCUCAAACAGGAGCCAUGCAAAUUCGUUGGUUCAACGUUUUGGGUUCAUUUGGAUGCUCGUCAAUUCUUUUGAUUCUCUAUGCGAUCAUUUGCUUGGGAUGCGUGAGAUUAUAUCGUUUCAUCAGCACGUCGAUGGUGAGUGAACGCACGAAAAAGUUGAACUAUCAACUGCUGAGAUUGUUGCUCAUACAGACAAUCGCUCCGUUGAUCUUUGAGUACAUUCCGUGUAUCAUGGCGAUUUGGGGAGGAUUUAUUGGUAUGCCUUUCGCACUCGAGUUCGGCUGGUGGAUUCCUAUCUGCACUUCAGCUUACUCGAUCGCCGACUCGUUGAUGGUGAUCAUUGGAUUUAAAGCCUAUCGAGAGCGUCUUUUCGCAAUCCUUCGCUUGUUUCGUUUCUCCAACAAAAUCCUCUCAAGUUCGGAGGCUUCUGAUCACAGGACGACGAAAGGCGGACCUUCGGAAAUCUAUAGCUCAAAUACU